CAUUGUUCUCUACGAGGAGGUGUAAAUAAUUGAUGACAUAUCCAUGUUGCGAAGCACGCGUGACUUGACAUUGAAUUGAUGGCUAGCUGUAGAGUGCAGUCCCUUGUACUGUUAUGUGAUGGAGGGUCGUAAAAGGUCUACGUUAGAAAGUCUGAAAGUCCAGUGCCAGAGCUCUUUGACUGCUCCUCAGCAAUGCUAGAGGACGGCCAUUCUUUACUACACCAGUGGAAAGAUCUUUUAGGGAGACUGGGACAACAUGAAGGACAUUGAAGAUGAGUCAAAUAGCAACACCCGAAGAAACAUCCUUCCCAAACCCAACAACUUCAAACGUGUUCUACUCCGGGACAACCUCAGUGAAAACAAGCUCUUAGAUCUGCGGCUGGCGAAUAUCGGGAAGGAGCAGACCAAAACGGGGGCCAUGUUGGAAAACCAGCGGAUAUCUUUCCUGAAACGACAAGAAAGUAAAAUGUUUGGAGACAAACCCGGCUCGUACGAGUUUCCUGACUUGGAAUCGAAGCCGAAGUUCAUGUACGGCACUCGUGUCCCGAGCGGCAAGCAAGCCACGAGUGUCGAUAAGGCGAAAUCGAAGCUACCCGAAAUUGGCCGAACAUACACGAAGAGCCCUCGUGAAAUUUCGCCGCGCCAGCCCGUGCUGAUAGAAAAGCGCGUGACGUUGAACGGUCCACUUGUUCAGACACAGAGGCUGAAUCUAGAGGGGUCGUGUGGAAAGAACGAGAAGGGACAACUACAAAACCGCAAAGCGGUUGAAGACCCAAGGUUUGGUAAGCUAGAGGCGUCCCUGGUACCACCAAAGAAAUCCUCCCUGAUUGGACUAGACUUAAGUCUGGAGGGGGACAGGGCACCAGUGCAGACGAAGAGGACAUAACAGCCAUGUUAAAACAAUAUUGUUGAUAUAAAGUGAUAUAAUCUAGCAUCCAUGGCCAUCUAACUUUCCACAGUGAAAGAUAGUUGAAGAGACAAAUCUAUCAGCGUACACAACUUGCUAAGUUUCGGAUUUAAAACUGAUUGUUCUACAGUGAAUGGCUAUAACCGUGUGUUGAAAACACAGAUUCCUUCAUAAUUUUCCCGUCGCUCUGAAAUAUAUGUAUCAAUACACUCAAUACUAAACAUGUGAUACAAAAAAUCAUGCAAUAUGUAGUUACAGUCAGUCAUGAACACUUUUAUUUCAAAAUGUUAGCCAUACAUUUAAGAAGAAGCGAUGUGCAACAUUAACUAUGAACUAAGAGUUACAGAAGCCUUGAAAAGUAACUCUGUAGUAUAUACACAAUGCAACACACUUCUUGUGACUCAAUUAGUUUGAUUUUGUCUUGAAUUAAUAUUCGAAAUGUUUUAAUUACUUGUGCAACAAGCACUUACAAUGGCAGAAAGCCUAACUAGUCUUUAUUUUUGAGACGCAUCUUGCUGGUAACGUUUA